AUGAUCGCUCGUCCAAAAAUCAGCCGAAACGAGCGGAAAACGACCGAGAUAGGAGCCUUUGAAGUUGGGAAUUUCGCACCCUUUUCCUGCCCAGGCGGCGGCGCCGUGGCCUGCGACGGGGGCGUCGUCGCCUUCGAGGGCCCGUUCGCGCGCCACGCGAACAACGUCGCCGGCAUCGCCGCGGACGAGGAGUCGGGCGGCGGCGGCUUCCUCAUGGCGCGGCGGUGCGACGCGUACCUGCUCUCGGGCGCGUUCGAGGGCGGCCGCGUCGAGAGCAAGCACGCGGUCAGCGGCGGCGGCGGGGGCGUGCUGCACCUCGUCGGGAGCCGGGCCCUGAUCCUCGGCGGCGAGUAUCGCCGGAACUCGGCGUCGCUGUCCGGCGGCGUCUUCUUCGUCGCCGGCCGCGAGGACUGGAUCGCGGUCCUGACCGUCGAGGGCGGCGUCUUCGAGGACAACCACGCCAUGUGGGGCGGCGUCGGCGCGGUGACGCUCGGCGGGGCCGUCAUCGUGCACGGGGGCCACUUCGCGAACAACUCGUGCCAGAGCUCGGGCGGCGCGUUCCACUCGGGCGUCAUGGGCAGCCCGUUCCUCAACGGCGGCGUCUACCUGUGCGUCUACGAGGGCAACUACAACUCGCUCGACUUCUACGACGACGCGCGGGGCACGCCGGGCGGCGUCCCGAGGCCGCGAGCGAUGGGGGACGCCUUUCCGUUCACGGGCGACGGCAACACGCUCUUCGCGGGCGGCGCCUACGGCGUCGGCGGCGGCUGGUGCUUCUUCCUCGAGACGCCGCUCGGCGUGCGCGACUCCAUCAUCUCGCGGCGCACCGUGCCCGCGACGGCGGUGCUCGACGGGCGGCCGGCCGUCGCGCUCGAGGUCGGGAACGCCUAUCUCGACGGGUCGUCCGCGCUCUGCUUCGCCCCGGGCUGCCACGCCAUCGCCGUCGACGGCGUCGCCAACUGGACGCUCGGGAGCCGCUACUGGCCGUGGGACGCGCGCGUCGACGGCGACGGCCCCUUCGCGCUCCGCGGCUCGCGGCUCGUCCCGGGCGCGUGCGCGAACGCGACCUGGGCCGUCGACGGCGCGGCCCGCGGCGGCGCGUCGGCGGUCCGCGUCCCCCGGCUCCUCGCCGGCGCCGCCGCGGCGCUCGCGGUGCUGCUCCUCGCGGCGGCGGCCUUCGCGGUCCGCGAGCGGCGGAGGGCGAAGCGGGAGCACGCGUACGAGCUGCCGCUCCUCGUCGAGCCCGAGUCGAUCCCGGACGCGUCCCUGGAGAAGCUCGUCAUGGUCGCCAUCGGCCUCGACGACCAGCUGCGCUGCGUGCUCUGGAGCCGCGGGGCCGCGGCCGCCACGGGUUUGGACGAGGCGCCGGCGACGCUCGGCGAGUUGCCCUUCCAGACGGACCGCGACCGCGCGUCGGCGCUCCGCGAGUGCGCGCGCGUCGUCGAGCGCCGCGGCGAGCCCCGGCCCUUCCCGCUGCGCCUCGCGCGCGGGCCCUACCGCGACCGCGUCGGCCUCGUCGUCCAGUGCGUCCGGAACGGCGCGGGCGGCCACACGGUCCUGGGCUCCGAGGUCGACGGCGGCGUCGACGACGCGCUGCUCUCGCUCGCGCACGCGCCGUCGGAGAGCUCGGGCCAGCCGGAGGACGACGGGGCGCGCGACCACCGCCCCGGAGCCCGGCGGCGGUCGCGGUCGCCCUCGCGGUCGCCGCCGCCGCGGGGCAUCGCGAAGCUCCUCGAAGCGGGGGCGCCCCUCGACGACGUCGAGGAGGCCGCGUCCUUCUGCUCGGGCGAGGCGCGCGGCGUCCCGCGGAUUCGAGCCCGCGACACGCGCCUCGAGCGCGGCUCCGUCGUCUCCGAGGCCGCGCCGGCCGCGGACCUCGCGGUCUGCCACCCCGACGCCAUCGCCUUCGUGAAGAUGCACGACGCGGCCAUCGUCGCGGGCGUCGCCUUCCACCCGCACCCGGGCCCGCGCCGGCGUCCCGCGGCCGCCGCGACUUUCGACGACACCGCUCCGUAG